AUGGACCACUACCUCACGGUCUGCAAAUGGGAACCAAACUUUAAAGCAUUAGAAGCUUUUAAAACCAUAACCACGGUCAGGGUGAGGUUUCCAGAGCUUCUAAUUGAGUAUUACCAAGACAAAGUCUUGUUUGCUAUAGCAAAAACAAUUAGGAAACCCCUCAAAUUGGCUAUGACAAUCGCAAUGGCCACUAGGGGUAAAUUUGCCCACGUCUGUGUGGAACUGGACCUAAGGAAACCAUUAUGUCCCAGAUUCUUCUUGGAAGGUGAAUACUAUACCAUAGAAUACGAAUCCUUACACGCAUUUUGUUUCUUCUGUGGCGGGGUGGACCACCGAAAAGAGAGCUACCGAUUCAAGCCACCUAAACCUAGACCGGAACCAAAGCAACUAGCCGUUUCCGAUGAAGCCAGUCCUUCAACGGCUACUGACAAAGACAACAUUCACCCUCAACAACCCGGUCUAAACCAAGAUGAAGAGUAUGGCCCUUGGAUGCUUGUUACGAAGAAAAAUCGCAGGCCGGUCUAUAUCAAGAAAACAGGGGACCCAAAUACUGCCCCCAGGCCCAAUAGAUUUAAAUACUUAGAGCAAACCCAAGAGGAAAAUGGGGAUCAUCCAAGAGGAUAG